AUGGCGUCUACUACCUCUACCUCGAACGGCCGUGUCUCGAACACUUCCAACAACACCUACGUAAUGUCGCGAUCCCCCGUCAAGAACAGCAGACGGCGCACUGGAGAGCCAUACCUUCCUAAGAUCAUCACCACCGUCGGCCAACGACCUGCAUGUCUCGUCAAUGCCUCAGUCACAUAUGUCGGAAACGAUCUGAUCUACGCCUUUGGUGGUUUCGACCAGUACACUGACGAAGUCUACAACCACGUCCUCAAGCUUAACCUCUCGGCGCGACAAUGGAGUCUUGUAGACAACUACGGCGACAUCCCGGGCGUGCGGAUGGGCCACACUUCGUGCUUAUGGCAGGGCGACAAGCUGCUGGUGUUUGGAGGUGAGAACGAGCAUCGCAAGCAUCUAUCCGAUCUAGUCAUCUUCGACAUCAAGACCGCGCAUUGGACACAACCAGAGAUCAGCGGGCCUAUUCCGCGUGGAAGAGCAAGGCACUCGGCGGUGAUACACGAUGACAAGCUGUUCAUCUGCGGUGGUAUGAGCGGAUGUGAUAACAAUGUGCUGGACGACAUCUGCUAUCUUGAUCUGAAGACCUGGACCUGGAGCCGGACAUGGCGUUUGGUUCCACGCUUCGACCAUUCCAGUUGGGUCUGGGGUGGAAAGAUCUGGAUCAGCGGUGGCAUGGGCGAAGAGAUGGAGCGCACGAGCGAGAUCUGGUGGCUUGACUUCCGUGGGACACCUGCAUUUGAAGGUGGUCCGACUUACGGCCUGAUCGGCUCUGAGGACGCGAGACCACUUGGUGAGCGCUACGCCAGCUACUCCUACGCUGCGCCUUCGCCUCCAAUGGGCACUGGCUACGCAGCGAACACAGGGAGCGUACAGUCCAACACCGCGACCCAAAUUCAGCGAGCACCACCUGUCGCGCCCGGUGCUAUCAGCAGCGUCAAGUUCAUCUCCUCUCCGAAUCUGCCCAUGCAGAACGUUGGUACACAUUUCCACGUUUUCAGCUCCGGCUGUAUGCUCGACUUUGUCACCCCGGCAACUAACAUGCCCCUUGAAACUUCGCUCUCUGCUCUGGAUCUGGACUCACUUCGUUGGCAGAAGCUGGCUGAUGGCAAGGAUCUUUUCAGUCCAACAUAUCGGUGGCAUUACUGCUGUCUUGAUGCCGACGGCACUCAUGCAUGGCUUCUGGGCUGCCCUCGUGAGCUGAGGGCUGGGGGAAACGGCGAAGCAGAAGAGUACCUGUCUGACGUCCUGCCGAUCGACUUGCGCAAGUUCGGUCUGCUCGGAAACAAGAUGAGUCAGGAAGCACGUAACGAGCAGAGAAUACCUACAUCCGACUCGAAUCCACAGUCACAUCUCUCAGCUAUAGGCGCAGAUCUCGCACGCACAUUCAAUCAGCCUCCCGAGAGCGGAUCUGGUACGGACUUCACGAUUACUGCCCUCAAGGACGAUGUGUACGACAUGGAGCCCUUCUCGGACGACGAUCCUCUAUCCCCUGGCGGUAGCGCGACUGGAGACGGUAGCAACGCCUCCCAGCCAAUUCACGUGCAUCGCCUGAUCCUGAGCGCGCGCUGGCCUCACUUCUCGCGGCUCUACAACGCACAGAUGUCCGAGUUCCACACGCGUCGCAUGCACAUACCCGAACCAUAUCCUGCUGUGAAGGCAUUCCUAUACUAUCUCUAUACCGACUCGAUCUCAAGUCCUCCAGCCGAAAGCCAAGAGCUGUCUGGACCAACUCUCGAAGACGUUGCAAACAUGCUGGUCAUGAGCAACAUCUACGACAUGCCUCGCCUGCGACAUCUCUGCGUCAACCGCUUGGUACGAGAUCUCGACGUUCAGCACGCAGCACUAAUCUUUGACCGUGCAAGCACCGCACAAGAGGACUGGCUGAAGCGUAGGGCGGCGAGCUUCUGUAUGACCCAUUGGGGUCGCAUCGUGCGAACCGAUGGAUUCCGGAGACUUAAGAGGUCUGCAAUGCUCGAGCUUUGUGAAGGCGUUGAUGCAGAGGGUCGAGUGGUAGGUGGUGACGAAUUGGAAGCUGUUGGUGGGCUUGGUGGUGCGAGACUAGGCAGUGGUAUGGGUGUGCUUUGGGGUAAUGGCAGGAAACGUAAUCGCCUAGGCAGCACGAGUGGGACUACUGUUGAUGGUGACGGGGACGAUGCGGACGCGGAUCUUGAUGCUGAUGAUGAGGGCAUGGAGCUUUCGUAA